AUGGAAAGACAGAGGAAGCGCGAGCUGCGCGACCUUAACCAGCGGGCAUGGGCCGGUGAAACAAAUGUCCUUCCUGUACAGGGCUCGCUCGACUCGUCCAUGAAAAAGAACACCGCUUUCAUCAAGCGUUUGAGAACCGCCAUCAACGCUGCUGGCCAGGCCGUCUUCCUGCAGGAAAUCUGCACUCUUUCCCUCCACAAAUACCUGUCCGAGAUCAUCUCUGCCUGCUUCGAGGGCCUCACUAAACUCAAGACUCCUGGAGAAAUCGCUGCCGGUGUUGAAAUCGUCUCGGCCCUUCACCAACGUUUUGGUCCCGAUGAGUUCACAAAGAUGCUCGGCUGGUUCGUCGGCCGUGGUCUUGCCACUCCUGAUAGAGCUCAGUUGAAGGCUUUGGCUCAGGAUGUACGGGAGAGAGAAGAGAAGGAGCGAAUCUCGAGACAGCGCAUUCUUCUGCGUGUGGCUACCGAAUUGUGGCUUGUCGGUGUCUUGCGUAGUCUGGAAGACAUUGCUCGCCCUGAAGAAGCCAACAAGUUGAAAGAGUCAGGGAAGCCUGCGGAAACUCAGCCCAAGGCCAAAACUACACGAUCCGAUUCAGCAGACCCGGAACCUUUUCCUCUGGAAGUACUCAAGGAUAUGCUGGGCCACGAUCGCGAGCAUGUUAAUCUACCUCUGGUUGUCAUCUUCGUCAAGAGUUUUGCCUGGGAUAUCUUGGCUUCCAAGUCUGCACAGGAUGGUCGCAAGACUGUUGCCGAGGAUGGAUCGACCGCCACGACUAAUGCUACGGAUGAAGUUGAGGGCGACGCAAAUGGAACUCAAGACCCUCCGCUAUGUGUCCCCGACAUGCAGCAACGAUUCAAGAACAUUCUCAGCCGCUACUUCCAGGACGUCAAGGCACAUAUAAUUCGUGAUCAGAAACAUCUCAGUGCCCAAGGACGACGCAAUGCCGAAGCAUAUGUCAAAUCUGGAGAAGUCUUCGAGGAUCGCCAAACCAACUUUGAAAAAUUGACAAAAUCUCACGAAAAGUUGGUCUCAAAUGCUCAGAUCCUGGCAGAUGCACUAGGUGAAGAGAUGCCAGAUCUUUCUGAGAAGGAGUCGAACAAUGCUGGUGGUGAUGGCGGUAUUGGUCUGGUCAAGACUGGUGAAUAUCUGCGCGGCCAAGGCGAAGGCGCUGGCAUCUGGGAGGAUGAAGAAGAGCGACGCUUUUACGAGAAUCUGAUUGAUCUCAAAGACAGAGUUCCUGGAAUCUUGCUUGAGGAUGGCAAGAAGAAGAAACCUGACGGCGACGAUCAAGUUGGUAAGCGGGUUGAUGAGGCAUCUGAGGUCAAGGACAAGACCGAGGGUGCAGAGCCUAAAGCAGCAGAGGGUGACGACCAGUCGACUGCUAUCGCCAACAAGACAGUUGGUGCUCAGGUCGACGCCUUGCUGGCCCAGCUUGUUGAUUUGACCAACAAGGAUCAAGUCGAUCAGUUUGCUAUUGACUUCUGCUUCUUGAACUCCAAGGCUUCUCGGAACCGCUUGGUAAGGGCUAUUCAGGACAUCCCCAAAGGCAGGACCGAUCUGUUGCCUCUGUAUUCGCGUCUUGUUGCUACUCUCGGAAAGCAUCUGGUUGACGUUCCGCAAGCAUUGAUUGCCUAUCUCGAUGAAGAGUUUAGAAGUCUACAACGGCGCAAGUCGAAGGAUUUCCUCGGACAAGUCCGUAUGGUCAACAUCAGAUAUAUUGCCGAGCUCACCAAAUUUGGUGUUGUCCCUGAGCAUGUCAUCUUCCACUGCCUAAAGGUCAGCCUGGACGAUUUCUCACGUAUGAACAUCGAGAUCAUCUCAAAUCUUCUCGAGAACUGUGGUCGCUACCUCCUCCGCAACCCAGACACCUCACCCAGAAUGGCUUCUUUCUUGGAGACUUUGCAGCGCAAGAAGGGUGCUCAGCAUCUGGGACAACAAGAGCGCAUGCUUAUCGAAAACGCUAUGUACUACGUCAAUCCACCUGAGCGAGCUGCCAUCCAACAAAAAGAGCGUACUCCUCUGGAGCUGUACGUGCGCAAGCUCAUCUACUUAGAUCUGUCGAAGCGCUCCCUCGAGAAAGUCAUUAAGCAAAUUCGAAAGCUGCACUGGGAGGAGCCAGAGGUCCCAGAAUUACUUCGCAAGAUCUUCACUAAGCCUGGCAAGAUCAAGUACAGCAAUAUUCAUCUGCUGGCUGUCAUUCUUGGAGCACUGCACCGCUACCACCAGAACUUCACUGUCUCUGUGCUGGACGACAUACUCGAGCAAAUAACAGUUGGACUUGAGACCAACGACUUCAAGCAGAACCAGAAGCGUAUCGCCGAAGUCAAGUAUCUUGGAGAGCUGUACGUCUACCGUAUGGUUGAUUCUGCACUCAUCUUUGAUACGCUCUACCACAUCGUGAAUUGCGGUCAUCCAGGUGGUUUCGCUCGCCCUGGUUCCUACAACAUGCUUGACUUGCCGGAUGAUUACUUCCGCAUCAGACUUGUGGCUAGUCUUCUCGAGACCUGCGGCAUGUACUUUGACAAGGGCGCCGUGAAGAAGAAGCUUGACUUCUUUUUGUCCUUCUUCCAGUACUAUAUACAAACCAAGGAGCCGAUGCCCAUGGAUGUCGAGUUUGUCGUUCAAGACAUGUUUGCCCUGCUGCGACCUCAGUGGAAGAUUGCUACAACUUUCGAAGAAGCACAGCAAGUCUUCAGCGAUGCUGUCAAACACAACUAUCAGACGACCGGACCUAACAAGCAGCAAGAAGAACAGGAAGAAGAGGAAGAGGAAGAUGGCCGUGGCAUCGACGACGUCAACAACGACGAUGGUGAAGACGACAAAUCUUCAGGGGACGAAGCUGCAGAGCCUACCGAUGACGAGGCCGCUGCCGAAACUCCAGAGGAAGACUCCGAAGAGGAAGAGGAGCACAUUAUCGUGACUCGCCCUGAGGACCAGCGUGAUCCUGAGGCAGAUGCCGAGUUCGAUAGAGAGCUGGCCAAGAUGAUGGCAGACAGUGUUGAGUCACGCAAGUUUGACCGCAAACCUGUCUUUGACGUUCCCUUGCCAAUGCGUAAGACUGCCACUGCCACGUCAACUCCUAACAGUGAACCAAGCCAGCCCGUUGAAGCUCCUUCAAACACGAUGAAGUUUGCACUUCUCAGCAGGAAAGGCAACAAACCACAGGCAAGACUUUUGACCCAUCUUUCUACUCGCUCUAUUGACUUACCUUCAGACUCGAACUUUGCGGUUGCCAUGCGCAGUCAGCAAGAGCAAGCUCGUGCAGAGCAGCAGCGCAUCAAGAACUUGGUCCUGAACUAUGAUCUCCGCGACGAGGACCCUAACGAUGCUGCUCUAGAUGCUCAAUCUCCCUACAAUCAACCUCGUAUCGACAAAUCGGGAACUUCACGUAACGUCACAAGAAGCAGAAAGCUGCAGCUCAGUGAUGUUGACUGGUAUGCCAAAUCCUCCUCCUCCAACCCCCACACACCAUCGCAGAAAGAGAAGCCAGAAACUCAAUUGAGCUUGGAGUCAUACAUUGUCACAAGCAAGAGGCAGAAAAAGACUUCUGGAAAGAAGAACAAAGGCUCUGAUGCUCUUGGCAAUUCUUGA